AGUACUAGCAAGUCGGGGCUCGUCUUGGUAAAUAUGGCAACCUCCAGCGCAAGGGAAUCUGUUCUUCAUCUUCUAAGGGCGAUUUCUGCAGCAUCAUGUAAAUGUCCGGCCCACUCUCAGUCUCAUUCGUUGGCUGUUGCAGCUGGAAAUAAAAAAUGUAUGGCCACAGGGGUAGAAAGCAAAGAAUAUGCAUUUGAGAUGGCAUGUUCAAAUAUCCGCUAUGGAGAGGGGGUCACACAGGAAGUGGGAAUGGACUUUGCCAACAUGGGAGCUAAAAAUGUCUGUGUUGUGACGGAUCAGAAUUUAGCCAAACUUCCGGUGAUGCAGACAGUGACUGACGCCCUCCACAAAUCCAAGGUCAACUUUCAGGUGUUUGACAGGGUGCGUGUUGAACCCACAGAUAGCAGCUUACAGAUGGCCAUAGACUUUGCCAGGGCUGGCAAUUUUGAUGCUUUCUUAGCAGUGGGAGGAGGAUCCGUGAUAGAUACCUGUAAAACGGCAAACCUGUACGCCUGCAAACCAGACUCGGAGUUCCUAGACUAUGUGAACGCUCCUGUUGGGAAGGGGCUGCCCGUGAGGCACACCUUGAAGCCACUUAUUGCAGUGCCCACUACUGCUGGAACUGGCAGUGAGACCACUGGGGUGGCCAUCUUUGAUUACGAACCUCUGAAGGCUAAGACAGGCAUUGCUAACAGAGUAUUACGUCCACUGCUGGGUAUUGUAGACCCCCUCCAUGCUCUGACUAUGCCAGAGAGAGUGGCAGCUAACAGUGGCUUUGAUGUACUCUGCCAUGCUUUAGAGUCCUACACUGCCAUUCCCUUCAAUGAGCGCACUCCGCGGCCAGAGAAUCCCAUUCUGAGGCCAGCGUACCAGGGCAGUAACCCCAUUAGUGACCUGUGGUCACUUCACGCCCUCAGAAUUGUUGCCAAGUACUUCAGGAGAGCAGUCAAGGACAACACCGACAAAGAGGCGAGGUCGGCCAUGCAUCUGGCCAGUGCCUAUGCUGGGAUUGGUUUUGGAAAUGCUGGGGUGCACUUAUGCCAUGGUAUGUCGUACCCCAUAGCUGGACUUGUCAAGCAGUACAGGGCUAAGCAGUAUGCAGUAGACCAUCCCCUCGUGCCCCAUGGUUUAUCCGUAGUGCUCACUGCUCCGGCUGUUUUCCAGUUUUGUGCUCCAAUGUGUCCAGAGAGACACAUAGAAGCUGCAGGGAUAUUGGGUGCUGAUAUUACUAGUGUGAAGAAAGAAGACGCUGGACUAGUCCUAGCUGAUGUUCUCCGUCAGAUCAUGCAUGACCUAGAUGUUGACGAUGGACUGAACUCCAUUGGUUUCACCUCUGAGGAUAUCCCAGCUUUGGUCAAAGGAACGCUGCCACAGCAUCGUGUGACUAAACUGGCCCCAAGACCUCAGACGGAGGAGGACUUAGCUAUGCUGUUUGAGAAAGCCAUGAAGCUGUAUUAGCUCGGAGUGUUAGAAAUUAAAAAUUAAUUUGGAAAUUUCUGCUGGCUUAAAUUGCUCAGCGUGUAGGGUAAAAUUACUUAAAAUUAUUUUUAAAAUAGCUGACGAAAAUUCAGUUUUGCAAAUUUAAAGUUACUUUUCUUUAAUAUUGAAUUAAAGAAUGGAACAGUGUCUGACUCAAUGAGAUCAUUAUAAGGAAUACAGCGGGUGUGUUUAAGUAGACACAAUAUAUUGUGAUAUAUUACCUCAAGAAUGCAAUAUUAUUCUCUUGGAGAUUUUAUAAUUAACAUAAAUCAAUGAAUUUAAUGAAAAAUAAUUCAUAUAUUUUUAGAAUGAUUAAGCCAUUAUCUAAUAUUUGAUGGGUCUCUUCCAAAUCUAUUUUUAUGAUUAAAUAGAGAACAUUACAUGAAUCAAGGUUAGUGUCAUCUUUUUGGGAAAAGUUCAAAGCAAAACAACAUUUCAGUAAUCUAAACCGAAUCACUUUUUGUGAAUUCUCGCACAAAAUUGACUUUUUUUCUGCAUAUCUUUUAUAACUUCCAAACAAGCUAUAUCUGACUUAGCCAUACAACUUGUGUGUGUGUGUAUAAUCAAGGUAUUUUUAAUAUUUUUAAGCAAUAAGUAUUACACUAAAAGACAUUUUAAUGUACAGACACAACAGGUGUCUGUACAUGCUGCCAUCAUCUGCGUCUGUCCGUCAGUCUUGCUGGAGUAGUAGCUGUCCAAAUUUCCCUUUACUGCAAUUAUUUGGAGGCAAUAACUUUAUCCUUGUUAUAUCAUUCGCUAGGGCUGUGUUCAGGUUAAAAGUUAUUGGUCCAGCAGGAACGCUCUAUCUCAGUGGGGAUUCUUGCUAAGGCGCAGCUUUAUUGUCUGGCACGCCCCCUCAUAAUGUAAAGUACUCGGGUAAAGUUAGGAAAACUUUGUGUUCCAUGACGUUGUUCAAGUUGCUUUGCUAGGGGGUGUGCCAAACAAUUUAGCUGAUUCCAUUAACUGCGCCUUAGCAAAAAACAAUUCCGAGACAGAUCCAUCCUGCUGGACUGAUCUUUUUAUCUGAACACAGCCUUGAACUGUGAGACCCAGAGUUUGUAUGUUGCUUUCCUAUUUCAUCAUAUUUGAUGUCUAAUAGAAUAUUCCCAGACCCUAUCAUACGAACUUUGGAUCAAACUAUCUCCAAGGGGAUUCUCGCGUAAUUGCAAUAACUUAGCGGCUUCGAUGACUGUUAUGCCUACUGAAGCUGCUAGGGGGUAAUUAACUAUGGUUUAGCAGUUUCAGUAGCCGUGCCAGACAUCUAAGCCACUUCAGCUGAUAGCAAUAUAGCGAGAAACCCAGUGGAGGUGGACCGAUUAGAUCGAUCUAGGGAUGGGAACCCAGUCUAAACUGAUAUGUUGUCUGUACAUAUGUCAGCAUUGGCUGGCUUGCUAUAGCAUUGUUCAGAGCUACGGGAUGUAGUAAUAUGCAUUUUAUACAACGUGAUUAAAGGUGCUUUGAAAUGAUAAUUUGAUAAUAAAUAUAUAUACUUAUAAUAGAUUGUUGAGAAAAUGCCAAUGAGUAUUUAAUAAAAUAUUUA